ACCACGUGUGAUGUCAUCACGAAGCGCCUAGUGCUCAGAGGUUAGGAUUGUGCUCGGACGCCAUUUAGUCUAGUUUUCGGUAGUUUUUUUGUUUUAUUGGAAAAGGAGGACGCGAUGGCGGUGGAAUCCAGAGUUACGCAAGAGGAAAUCAAGAAAGAACCAGAGAAGCCGGUCGAUAGGGAAAAGACAUGUCCGUUGCUUCUCAGAGUUUUCACUACUAACAACGGGAGACACCAUCGAAUGGACGAGUUUGCCAGAGGAAAUGUGCCAUCGAGCGAGCUUCAGAUUUACACUUGGAUGGAUGCCACCCUUAAAGAACUUACCAGCCUAGUGAAAGAAGUUUAUCCUGAGGCUAGAAAGAAAGGGACACAUUUUGCCUUUGCCAUUGUAUACCCAGACCCAAAACGGCAGGUGUACAGAGUUAAGGAGAUCGGGAACACUGUGUCGGGUCGGAAGGGGGCAGAUGACUCCAUGACUUUGCAGUCUCAGCGCUUUCAGAUUGGGGAUUACCUGGACAUAGCCAUUACACCCCCGAACCGUGCUCCUCCAUUACAAGGGCGCAUGAGACCAUACUGAUAUUCUGCUGACAGUUCAGUUUAUCUUUUUUUGUUGUUGUUUUUUUUUGCAUAAUUUUCUUUGAUAUUUGUUUCCUAUUAGUUAGUACCACAUUUAAUCAGAAUUUUAAGGAUGUUAUUACCUUCAUUUACCACAGUGUACAUUGUUUUGCUGAAUAAAUUGUUUUCUUUCCUACAAAACAUUGUUUGCUUGUUGAAAUCUGGAUUAGAUUAUAUUGCGUAAAAAACAUUGGUUUCGUUUGUAACCCUUUUUUCCAGCUAAAAAGCUUUUAAAAUAUUCUGCUAUUCCCAGUAAAGGAACAUUGUAAGCA